UUGUUUUGCGAUUUUAAAGACUUUGCUGUAUACCGUUUUAGACGGAAGGGGAGUUUCGCAAAAAAAUUCUUCGUUACUACAAGCCUUGUUGCUGGUGCGGUAGGUAGCGCUGUAGCUUACGCUUACUAUGACCCAAUAUCCCGUACAAAAUUCGAAGAAAAAGUCCCCUACGGGAAGGAUUUAUUUGAUUAUGUAGAUAAUACGAAGGAUAAUAUUAUGAGGUCAGUAAAUUAUGUAACUCUCUUCUACCUGUUCUAUGACAAUAGCGUGCUUGAGAACAUCGCUUCAGCAAAACUAGAAGCUUCAUUGAAAGCUGCGAUAAUGUCUGCCGAAUCUCGUGUUAAAAUGGCUACGGAAGCCAAAUUAUUAACAAUAGCUGCUAUCAACGAACACGCAGAAUUGCUCAAGAAUGCCGUGAGCAGCACAAAGAAAGCAGAUUGGGAUGCAGUUUCAAGAGCUGUUGAAAAGGCUGACAAAGCAAGUCGCGAAGACCUAGCAGAAGAGAACGAAGCGCGUAAUUAUUUGGAUAGUGUUAGGAAGAUAAUCAAUGAAGGUAAAAGAAGUAAUGUAACACGCUACAAUCCGCUACUCAUAAACGCUGUUGAAACGGUUAAUAAGCUUGACGAACAAUUGGACGAGUUAAAGUUAGCAGUUCGAAAGACUCGGGAUGAAAGUCGUCGUAUUAAUCAUUUUCAAGAUUUGAUCAAGCGGAGUCGCAGAGUCUAUGCCGAUGAAUUAAAAGAUUUGCUUCCCGGUCUUGACGGAAAAGUUAAAGACGCAUCGUUAACAGAAGAUGAUCUAAAUAUGUUGGUUGCUCAUGCUCACUUAAAAGUCACUCAGUUGAGGCAGCAGCUAGCAGACCAACAGGUGGUCGAGGAGGAGAAUAUAGCGAAAGCUGUUGAGGAGCAACGUCUUUUAGAUAACUCCCAUGCCAAGGAGGAGUUGGAUUUAGAGCUUAAGCGCCUCAAGGACCAAUUAGAUGUUGAUUAUGAGCGGAGGCUUGUUGCUAAGAGGAGGGAGUGGGAAGAGGAAGCAGAAGAACAUUUAAGGAAUGUCGCUUCAGCCCACUCAGAACAUUUAGAGCAGGUUGUGAGAACACAAAAACAGUUAUGUGACAUUGAACAAAAACAGAAGGUUAUCGAAGAGGCAGUUGGUGCAGAGCGGAAAUGGAACAGUGAGCAGAUUCUUAAUGCACAGCAAAAGCUAGAAGGUAUCGAAGUAGCACUGAACUCGCGUUUGGCAGCUGAUAUAGAACAUCGGCGUUCAAAACAAUUUUGGAUUGCAUGUCAAAAUCUUGUUGCUUCUGUCGUGUAUGGCAAGAAAGCUGGAUUAACUCCAGAGGAAAGGCGAAAUCCCCUUCUCAAUGAACUAAAUGUGAUAAAGGACUCGAGUGUUGGUGACGAAUAUGUGCAAAACGUUAUCAGGGCAUUUUCUGAAGAAAUUAUCCAUGACGGUGUUUAUCCUGAACAGGAUUUAAGAACACGAUUUUCUCAUGUCUAUAAAAUGGCACGACGUGUUGCUAAGAUUGAUGAGAACGGAGGCGGUUUAAUGCAGUACCUGACAUCUUAUCUGCAAAGUGCUAUCACUUUUGACGUACCUCGCAACUAUUCUUUUUCUUUCUUUGAGUCACUCGACAAAAUUGACCCAGAUGUGCUUGACAACUAUGAAAUCUUAUCACGUACGAAGUACUUUGUUGAUAAGGGUGACCUUACGUCAGCUGUUCGAGUAGCUCAGCUGCUGAAAGGCGAACCUGGUAGAUUAGCGAGAGAUUGGAUAAGAGACACUCGUGUACAUUUGGAGGCCCGCUUUCUGGUUGAUCUUCUUCUCGCACAUGCUGCAGUACUAAAUAUCACAACCACUUACCAUGUGAGCUAA